AUGGUGAAAACUCGAGCAGUUCUCAAACGCAUGCCUAGCCGGGACGUUGUCGUUUGGACGAGCUUGAUACAGGGAUAUGUAGACAACGGUGAGAGUGAGCUCGGGCUGGAACUCUUGGAGAGCAUGGACUGUGCUCCAAACUCUCGGACUCUUGUAGCGGGACUUACGGCCUGUGGGAACAUUGGGUCCAGCGAAGCUGGAAGGAAAAUCCAGACUGAGUUUUACAGGCGUGGGCUGGAAGACGACCAUGUUGUGGGGACGUGCAUGGUAAACUUCUACGGGAGGUGCGGCCGAGCACUUGUUUGGAUCUCUGGCAGUCCGAGAAAUGCACUGAUCACAGGAAUCGGCCAACCGGGUAACACGUCGCGCGUGUUCGAAGCCUUCCGCGAGAUGCGAGGAGAUGGCGUGCGAGCAAACGCGAUCACGUUUGUCUCGGUCAUCACUGCUUGCAGCCACGGCGGCCUGGUUGAACGAGGCAGGGAGUUUUUCCAGGCAAUGGACCCGAACUCUGGCAUUGUUUGCGGGAUUCAUCACUACAGCAGUGCAUGGUGGAUCUGUGGUUUGGAGGACCGUCCUCGGGGCCUGCCGCAAGUGGAAGAACGUGGAAGUGGGGAGGAUUGCGUUCGAGGCACUGACGAAGAUCGACGAGAAAGACUCGGCUGCCUGCGGCCUCAGAUGCCUAUCUCACAGGCAUUGUCACUUCGAUCAACGGUUGUUGAUCGAACAAAGGCGCUGAAGGAAUUCUGUGUGAUGAAGGGCUUGCAGCUUAAGGAGCGAGAGCUGGAGUCGAUCGACAUCGGCACGCUCCAUGGACGUGAAUAA